AUGGCCAACACUCGCCUAAGUCAGAUACAGACUCACCUCGAACCUAGUGGUUUGGAGAUGGAUCCUACCCGUGUUGACGGCCAUGUUAUUAUCAUAACCGGUGCAGCGCAAGGCAUUGGUAGAUCCGCGGCCAUUCUCCUAGCUCAGAAGGGAGCAAAGGUCGCGAUCAACGAUCUCGAUGGUGGAAAAGCAGCGGAUGUUGUCCGUGAGAUUCGAAGCCUGGGACACACUGCCGAGGCCUUCCCUGGAGAUGCCUUGGAUGAGAAAUUCCCUGAACGGCUGGUGACUGGAGUUCUGGAGAAAUGGGGGAAGAUCAAUUGUCUUAUCAACAACGCCGGGUUCUGCCAUGACAGCGCUAUUCACAAGAUGCCAGAUGCCAAAUUUGACAUUGUGAUGAAAAUACAUAACUACACGCCAUUCCGUCUCUUGCGGGCUCUUUCCUCGCAUUGGAUGAAUCCAGCAUUCCGCGAUAUGCCUAAGAGCAUCGUAAAUGUUUCCUCGACAUCUGGGCUGCAUGGCGCCAUGGGUCAGAUCAACUAUGCAACAGCAAAGGCAGGUAUUGUUGGACUUACCAAGACUGUGGCAGCAGAAUGGGGCCGGUACAAUGUGCGAGCAAAUGCUGUAGCAUACGGAUGGAUUGACACUCGCAUCACACGACCUCCGACUGAGUCGGAGAUACUGAACAUUGGAGGUCAGGAAAUUAAGCCUGGCAUUCCUAUGAAUGCUAAAAAAUGGCGAGACGUCUCUGACAUACCUUUGGCUAGACCAGGCACAACGGAGGAAGCCGCCAGAAUUAUGUUGUUCUUAGCUAGCCCACUUGCUGCAUAUGUAACUGGAACCUGUAUUGAGUGUACUGGGGGUCGAUUUAUGUGA